UGUAGAUCUUGGAUCAUGUUUGUAUUGUCUGUCUCUGUAGAUCUGGGCCUGUUCUCCACCAAGACUCUAGUGGAGGCGAACCCGGAGCAGCUGGUGGAGGUGCGGACGCAGCUGUGUCAGCCGGCCGAUGAGAACUGGGACGCCAGCGGUCAGAGGAAACAGUGGCGCUGCGAGAGCAUCCGAUCGUACACCACCAUCGCCAAAUACGCUCAGUACCAGGCCGCAUCCUUCCAGGAGUCUCUGCGGGAAGAGAAUGAGAAGAAGGGCCAGAAGGAGCUGUCGGACUCUGAGACGACUUCUUCAGAAACUGUUUCCAGGAGGCACAAGGGUCCUUUCAAACAAGUCAAGUUUGGCACCAACAUUGAUGUCUCCGAUGAAAAGAAGUGGAAGCUGCAGCUGCAGGAACUGAGCAAGCUGCCUGCGUUCGCUCGUGUGGUGUCUGCUGGGAACCUGCUGAGUCACGUGGGCCACAGCAUUCUGGGUAUGAACACGGUCCAGCUCUUCAUGAAAGUCCCGGGCAGCAGAACUCCAGGCCAUCAGGAGCACAAUAACUUCUGUGCUGUCAACAUCAACAUCGGGCCGGGCGACUGCGAGUGGUUUGCCGUGCCGGAGCCGUACUGGGGCGUGAUGAGCGAGUUCUGUGAGAAGAACAACAUCAACUUCCUGAAGGGCUCGUGGUGGCCGAAUCUGGAGGAUCUGUACGAGGCUAACGUGCCGGUGUACCGCUUCAUCCAGCGGCCCGGAGACCUGGUGUGGCUGAACACGGGGACGGUGCACUGGGGUCAGGCCAUCGGCUGGUGCAACAACAUCUGGUGGAACGUGGGCCCUCUGACCGCGUAUCAGUACAAGCUGGCCGUCGAGCGCUACGAGUGGAACAAACUCCAGAGCGUCAAAUCUAUGGUUCCCAUGGUGCAUCUGUCCUGGAACAUGGCGAGGAACAUUAAAGUGUCUGACCACAAGCUGUUUGAGAUGAUCAAGUUCUGUCUGCUGCGGACGCUGAAGCAGUGUCAGACCAUUAAAGAGGCGCUGGUGGCUGCUGGGAAGGAGACGGUGUGGCACAGAAGAAGCCGAGACGAGCCGGCCCAUUACUGCAGCAUCUGUGAGGUGGAGGUGUUUAACCUUCUCUUUGUGACGAGCGACAGUUACUCCAGGAAGUCCUGCGUGGUCCAGUGUCAGGAUUGCGCUCGGAAGGCCAGCAGUGACCUCGACGGGUUCGUGGUGCUGCAGCAGUUCAGGAUGGAGGACCUCAUGCAGGUCUACGACCAGUUCUCAUUAGCUCCUGCUCUGCAUUCGUCUGCAUCUUGACAUUAAGACGCCGAACAUGUGGAGAAUAUCACAUUACAGGACCAUUUCUGAUAUUCAGGACCGUGGUGCUCGUCUCUCGUGUGGCUGGUGACCAUCGGAGAGCACGAGACCGUCGACUCAAGUGACUGUGUGUCUAUGCAACCUGUUUAUAAACUGCAGUGUGUGACUGUGGCCUGCGGGGGGCGAUAGUGAGCGGACUUCCUCUCUACACACCUCUUCCUGAACGAGCCGCUCGCCUCUGCUUCACGUGAGAAAUUAUUCACAACUGGGGAGGAAAUUAUGGGAAACUGGUUUUGUACAUAUUGUCUGUCACAACUGGCAUCGUCACUUACAGACUACUGACUUGAGGCGUUGUUUUUGUAUUUUGUAACAUGCUGAAACCUGGAGUCUCUUUCCUUGUGUCUCAAGGGUUCGCCUUCACGGAGCAGUGCUAGCCGAACUUUUUGUAUGGUAGAUAGUGAUUUUACGAUGACUUUGGAUGGCAAAAUCUACAAAAAAAAAAAUAAUUUGUUAUGUGAAGAACUAGGUGAUAUAUAAUUUUUUACGGCGCUUGUGUUUUACAGGUCUCGUUCUUUUGACACCAUGUUCAAUAUUUUGUUUCUUAGGUAAGAAAAAGGAAAAAAUUGUGGAAAAAGCAUAACAGCCAAGUCACAAAGAAAAAUGGGUUGCACAUAGAGUAAGGAAUAAAGUGUCUGUUUUUUUCCUUCCUCGUUUGUUUCUAAUCCUGAUGUACAUUUACACUAUUUAUAAAUACAUAUUUAUUGCUUGAAGAUAUUUGUGGAUGGAAUGCUGUUAUUUUUCCCAGAGUACCUGCCAUUAAAUUUGAAGGAGUUUGGUCAUUUAACUACUCCUGCAUUUUUCUAUAUAGAAUUAAACCGCUUAGUAAGCAUUGUACAGAAACUAUAAAGUUGUUUUAUUGUUUGAAGAAUGUUUUAUGAGUUAUUAAACAAGUUGUCAACAUAUGUGCUGACACGUG